CCUCACUCUCAACCAACGACCCCAACGAGGAACCCCAAGAAAAAGAAAGUCAAGAAGAGGAGGAAAACAAAUCAACAGAAGCAACAAAAAGAACAAUCAUAAUGACAACCCACCGCGCCGACGCCAGCACCUUCCUCGACAACCGCGGCUACUCAGGCCCCCUCGUCCGCGGCGUCAACCCAGCCACGCUCUUCGAAAAAGCCGUCCGCGACCGCAUCACCGAAUCCUACUACUGGAAAGAGCAAUGUUUCGGACUCAACGCCGCGACCCUCUGCGACCGCGCAGUGGAGCUCACCGCAAUCGGCGGCACAUACGGGGUAUCCGAGAAGCCGACGCCCUUCCUCUGCCUAGCCUUCAAGCUCCUACAACUCAACCCGACGCGGGACAUAAUCCUGGAAUACCUCAACUUCAGCGACCCGGGCAGCGACAACGAGGACCCCACGGAGGCAGACAGCGCAGCGGUGCAGCAGGCGCGCGGCGACUUCAAGUACCUGCGCGCGCUGGCGGCGUUCUACGUGCGGCUGACGUUUGACGCGGUGGAUGUGUAUCGCACGCUGGAGCCGCUGCUGCUGGAUUAUCGCAAGUUGAAGCGGAGGGUGCGCGACUCGGUGGUGCUCACUAAUAUGGAUCAGUUUGUGGAUGAUUUGCUUACGAAGGACCGCAUGUGUGGUACGAGUUUGUGGAAGUUGCCGUCGAGGCAGCAGUUGGAGGAUUUGGAUUUGUUGGAUGAGAGGGUGAGCCCGUUGGCGGAGGAGUUGGAGGAGAUGGAUAGGGAGAGCGAGGAGGGGGAGGGAGAGGGUGAGAGUGAGGAGGGAGAGACGCGGUCGGAUGGCCAUGACUGA